UCUACCGCCUGAUUGGCUGUAGGUCAAGUCGUCCGCCCGCCUGCCGUGCCAGCGAGCAUCUCUCCUGCUGGAGCUUGAGCAUCACGAAGGGAGCGAGCAGCAAACCGACCUCUAAUUCAAUAAAAAAAAAAGACACACAUAAACAAACAAAGUGUUCGCGUGGGUGUGCGCCUUUUCUUUUUCUUGCACUGGCGGCUCGUUUUCGAGGAUAUGGCCGAGAGCGAGGCAGACACGCCGAGCACGCCGAUUGAGUUUGAGAGCAAAUACUUCGAGUUUGAUGGAGUGCGGCUGCCGCCCUUCUGCAGAGGGAAGAUGGAGGAGAUCGCCAACUUCUCCCUCAGAAGUAGCGACAUAUGGAUUGUCACGUACCCAAAGUCAGGCACCAGUUUACUUCAGGAGAUCGUGUAUCUCGUGAGUCAGGGAGCAGACCCAGAUGAGAUUGGCCUUAUGAACAUUGAUGAACAGCUGCCUGUCUUGGAGUAUCCCCAACCCGGCCUGGACAUCAUACAGGAGCUGACGUCCCCUCGUCUGAUCAAAAGCCAUCUUCCCUAUCGAUUCCUCCCCACAGCCAUGCACAAUGGAGAGGCCAAGGUGAUCUACAUGGCUCGUAACCCAAAGGACCUGGUGGUGUCCUACUACCAGUUCCACCGCUCUCUCAGGACCAUGAGCUACCGGGGAACAUUCCAGGAGUUCUGCCGGCGCUUCAUGAAUGACAAACUGGGAUAUGGUUCCUGGUUUGAACAUGUUCAGGAAUUUUGGGAACAUCGUUUGGACUCAAACGUCCUCUUCUUGAAAUAUGAAGACAUGUACAAGGAUCCGGGGACCUUGGUGGAACAGUUAGCCCGGUUCCUGGGUGUUUCCUGUGACAAGGCUCAGCUGGAGGGCAUGGUGGAGAGCUGCAACCAGCUCAUCGAGCAGUGCUCAAACUCUGAGGCGCUGUCCAUCUGCAGGGGUCGUGUGGGUCUUUGGAAGGACGUCUUCACAGUGUCUAUGAACGACAAGUUUGACACGGUGUACAGACAGAAGAUGGGCAAGUCCGACCUGACCUUUGACUUCUGCCUGUGAGGGGCUCCCUCCCACCGUACCGCCUCCCUAACUCUCCAGUCCACUGAUCUACUUCAGUACAGUCGACAAGUGCACACUUCCUGCCAAAAGCCACGCUCCUCCAUCUCCAUUCAGCCAAUCAGUCUGAAGUGUAAUGGUACAGUGUCUGACAGUGGGAUUACACUACAAGACUUUUCCCAGAAUGCAAUCUGUCAACAAGUCAUCUAAAGUCCCAUCCUCGUGGACUCCAGAUUUAUUAGGAAUUUCUUGAAAUUUCUCAAACAAUAGUUAAACCAAACUUCCCUCAACCCCCUACCUCCACAGUAUGUUCCCACUCCUGUGUAUGUACAUGUGUAUAUAUGAACCAGGGUUCGACCGAUAUAGGUUUUUUAGGGGCUGACACCAAAACUUUUGAGCUGAAGUAUUGGUCAACAUUUAUAUUUAUAACAGGGUUUUGAGCUACAUGUAGAUAUUUGUGACUGAAAUACACAGAGAAAUAUGUGUCACUAUGUUUGGAUACGGAAGUAUGUUAAGAGAAGUAGCCAUGCCAUUAUCAACGUCAAAAAUAUAUUCAGUGAUUCAACAAGCAUUUUAACACACUGCACUUGAAGGUUAUUUUAAUCAUCCUUGAGUCUAGCCCUUCACCUAGGACCAAUUUGCCAUGGGGGACUAUCCGUGAGGUCUCUGACAACAAUGGUCCCAAAGAUUUUUUGGGUUUUUUUUAGGUUGUCUCAGCGGUCCCGUAGGGAGAGUUUGAGAAGACAUACAGGUUUUAGUGUGUGCCAUUCCUAUUUUAGGCAGGUCCAACUGAGAAUAGACCCAGGGGCAAACUCAGAACAUGCUGCAGGGAUUAUGUAUCCCAUAUGGUCAGGAAACACACUGGGAUCCCCUCCCUGGAGGAAGUAGCCAUGAAAUCAAUCAUGUAUAUGGGCUAUGCAUAGCCUGCUACUGUGACCAAGCUAUAUAGUAAUUGUUUUGCCCUAAUGCUUUUGCUCUAAGGAACAGGCAGUCUAGAGGGGCGAUUCUAGGCUACUUAGCCUGCUUACUAUUUACAGAACAACAAAAUCUAGAGACAUGUCCUGUUUGAAAGAAAUUUCCAAAAACAUUUUUAAAGUGAAGAUAAAAGUUAAUUUAAAACUGCAUUGAUAGGCCACUUGGGGUCAGUACAACAAGUUGUAAACACAACACUAAUGUUAGCAAAGAGAGGCAAUAUUAGCAUUCAUUAAGGGUCAUGUUUCUGUCUGUUGAACAAAUGUUCACUCCAUUAGUCAAACUUUGGUUUAGCUCUGUGUUGGUCUUCACUAAAUCUGUUGCUAGUUGCUAACUUUCGUUUUGCAGGUAGUGUAAAUUGUGUUUUUAGCAUUUACAUGCUUUGCACCGGUAUUGUCAGAUGAUGAUUCUCUGUGGGUUCGUCGCUACGAGUGACACGUAUUCUUUUGACCCAUUUAAAAUAUUUAUCAGGGCAGUUUGAAGUUAGCAUAAGUUAGCAUCACAGUUAAUCUGAAAGCUAUUUUAAAGUGAACCUGCAAGCUGUCACCUGGCAUUGAAAUUAAUUUAUUGCAUUGUUGUGAACGCACUUGUUGAUCAGCCACAAAUAUCUGUAAGUAGCCUCAGAGAUUCUCUGUGGUAUUUUUGGUUGACAGGAAACAUUUACAUGAGACACUAAAUCUCCAGAGAGGUCCAGGCUAAUGAAACAGUUUUAUGGUUAGAAGCUCUAUAGGUCAGGCCACACACAUUCAUUUAUUGGUGUGGAAACUGGAAUACAUUACUGCCUGUAAGUGAAGAAUUACCACCCUGCUGUGGAAAACAUUUUGAAAAAACAACUUGGGUGUGACGGCUGAAAAAUACUUAUCUACAGUUUUAAAAUGGAUGGAUGGAUGUCACCUGUUACAGACUGCACAAAAAGAAUUACAGGUUUUACAGACAACAUCAGUAUCUGCCUUUUAAUCUGCCAAACCAAUAUAUCGGUCUAACCCUGAAACUGAGUGCAUUAGCAGUUGUCUUGAUGCAGCAGUGGCUCCAAGCCAGCUCGAUGCAUGGAAGGUAACUGUAAGAGGUGAACCAAACCUGUAGAGAAGAAGCCUAUUGCCCAAAAUCAACCCAGCAGCUCAGUGUCACAGCUGGGAGAACCAUUGUUUUUUGAUUUUGCUCCAAGUGAAAAGGAUUUUCAGCCUCCAUCACUGAACGCGUCAUUGGACAUUCUGAGCUUUAUGUGUGUGUGUGGAUGUAUGUUAGUGUGUGUUAGAGACAGACAGAGAGAGAGAGAGACUUAUGUCUUGAAUGCAUCACAUCCCAGAAUGACUCAAAUGUGUAGAAUGAUCCUGAGUAGUAGUAUCCAAAAAUAACACAGUGGUAGAGUCUGACAAAGAUGGCACCAAUAAGCCCUGUGAUUUUCUCCUCACUCUAAAACAAAAUAUAAUGUGUGUAAGCAGUAACACACUCCACUCCUAAACACUUUGCUUGAGAUUUUUAACUGGUAUUUACAUUGUCAGCAUUUAACACACAAUCUGCUGCCCUGUAUUUACUGUAUAUCAUAAAAUAUAGCCUCCGGUGGUUAAAAUGAGCAGCUGCUGCUCUGUUGCAGAUGCAGCUGCGCCAAACCCAUAGAUCACAUGUAAUGUAUUGUCUUCUGAAGCUAUAAAGGGAGUUUAAUGUGGACAAACAGUUAUGGUCUUUGUGGAUGAAAUUUAAAACUGGGGGCCUUGAUAAUCUUCUUUGUCUUUUUUAAUUGAAUUUGUUUGCAGAAAAUACAACAGUUCUACAAAAUAUUAUAUUUUAUACAAAGACAUUUACAUACAUAUACACUAUUCAGAGACUCAUACGUAAACUUACAUAUACAAAGAUAAAUAAGGAGAUGUAGAAAGCUAAAGGUUUAUGCAAAGAAAAUUGCAAUUUAUCAAACUACAUAAACCCCAUCCCACAGAGUGAACCUUGUCUCAUAUCCAGAGUAAAUCCAGAUGUGAUUUUAAUAAACUCCUGUUUACACAUAUAGUUAGCCAGAUUACAAAUCUGAUUACAAUCUGUCUCGGAUUUCCCAAGCUACGUCCAAAUCAGACUCUCUUCCAGAGGGUGGUGGUAAUGCACCUAACAGCAGUUGUUGUAGUACUGGAGAUCAGUCGUGAUGAGACUGAUAAUGAGAUCAGAUCAGAUAACAAAUCUUAAAAUCCUGAACCACAAAUUGGUAGCUAACAUGUUGCCAAUAAUGUAGUCAAAGAGAUUUGACAAAUAUUAGCUACAUGUAAGCUACCAAAGUACACCGUCUGGUCUUGGUGUUCACUCAGUUUUAACCCCUCAAAAUCUUGGUCUCAAUUCACCCAGAAGAAGAAUCUCUAACACAAAAGGUUGCAGUUAGCAUUAGGUAUCAGUCAGCAUGAGGUGUGUUCGUGUAAAUUGGAAGCUGUGGUCUGCUUUGCAUGGUUGGUAAUCCACAUACUCUUCUUCUGUGAAUCAUGCUACCACUAAUGGGUGAACAGUGUCCUUCCUCUCUCCUUCACUCUCAGAAAAGUCAGGUUUUGGCAGCAGGAGAGGAGAGAGAGCAGAGUAUUAACCCGUAACCAGCAUUAACUCUAUUCUGCUACUCACUGUAGUGUCACCACAGCAGCAGCAUAUCUGGAGUCAGACCAUUAGCCUGAGGCAUCACCUACAACCAGUCCAGCACCUCCACCUCCUCCUCCCCCUCCCCCUGCUCUGUUGCCACAGUCCAGCAGAACCAGUCCCUGAGCUCAACCAGACACUUGUGAAUGUGUUUAUUGUGUGGAUGUAAAACGACAACCUCAGUGCACACACUCGUCACGCCGCCUCUUUUACGGCCCGCUCAUUCUUUCUUUUCAUUGUUCUCUCUUCUCUCUGUCACUGUGUUUACAGCCGUUGGCAAGGCUUCAGCUGCCCAUCUCCACUUUUAUGGUUUGUUUGGAUUUUUAUACAUACCUAUCUCUGUUUCCUGGGCAUCUUUUGCGUCGUAUUUUACAUGCUUUGCUUGCUGGUUUAUUAAUAAAGUUGUGUCUUCAGGCAA